GCUGUUGUCUGUUAUGUUAACACGUCAAUUGUCUGCUUUUGCAAUAACCUAAAUUUCAAAUUGAUUUAUUUACUAGUUAGAAUUAACAGUUUAAAAUAUUCAUAUUUGUCUUUGAAUUCAUUUUGUAAAUUACUCGUCAGAGAUGGGAAGAAUAGUUGUAGCAGAAGAAAAGAUUUUUCCAGAGUUUGUCCGUUUAGGAAAGUCAGAUGGAUAUGUUCCGGGACUCAUAAUAGGCCAGUGUUCUGGCCAGAAAGACUUCAUCGUGCACCUAGCCAAAACCCCACUCCCAGCAGACAAAUCUUCAAAGCUAGGAAAUGACUUGAGUGGAGACAGCCGCAAAUCACAACGGAAAAGUGUAGAAAAAUUGAUCGAUAUUCAAGAAUCUUGGCUGGUAGAUCAUGCAGAGCAGGUCACCCGAAUGCUGCCGGGAGGAAUGUGGGUUCUCGGAAUAUUCAUCACGGGACCUGGAGAUGUGUUUUCUGACACUGCGGCUCAGUCAAAAGUAGUAUCGAUGCUGCAAGGUCUAACACGUGCCUUGAGCAAGAAAACAAAACACUUUGGCAACAGUCCUUCUUCGGAAAAACUAUGUCUUCAUCUCAUCGGCGGAACCAAUAAAUUCACUUGCAAGAGUCUGGACGUGUCAAGUUCGUCCACUCAGUUCCGAGCGACAGACUGUAAGUUCACAGCUGGUCUCAAAUGGCAUGUGUUGGACACUCAGUAUGAUUUUGACCAAAACAAACCACUUCUUAUCACAGACGAACGUGUCAAUCAACCGUUGGAAGACUCUCUUCAGCAAAUCUUGGACAGUAUGAGUAGUGGAGUCCAAAAGUCUAUUUGCACAAUAGACGGGGAGGUGAAGAACGAGGAGGAGCUUUUGGAUGUCAGUGAAACUAGUAAACCAGCGAAAGGAGACUCCAAACCUAAUGAAAAUAAAAUAUUCCAAGUCAAUCUUUACAUUCCAAAUAUGGAAGGCAGUUCAGAAGUUACCGUGAGUUCAGUUGUCGGAGAAAUGAACUGCACCGGGGUUUUAGCAAGCAGGGUGUUUGUUCAUCAAAAAGCAACUGUCUUGGAGGCACUGAAGGCAGUGAAGGAAGAUAUCAUUCGUUCAUUUGCCGCAAGAGUUGAGAUGCAUUGUGACUCUCUAGUUGAAGAAGAAAUUGGUUCACCUGAAGAGGUGAUGGUGGUACAUGAGCCCCCACGUAGAGUACUCAUCCCCCUCCCCCACUCCAAGGUGGCACUGUCAGACUACCUCUUUCCUGGGGAGGGACCGUCAGAAGCUCUAGUCUCCAUAUUGGAUCUCAUCGGAGUCAAAGUGUCCGAGUCUUCUGUCUACAAGGACUUUGAAGGCCAACCAGACCAGUCAGACCUAUACAAUCUGACUACAGGCGCAGACACGCCCAAACACGAAGACAGCUCUACCUCAGGUUCCAGUCAAGCUAUAAUAGUCGUUUCCACCAUUGCUGCCGCCUUUCUUGUACUUUUAGUGUCUUUGUUCAUCCAGUUUUACUAUAAAUAAGUAUGUUUUUACAUUUUUAACUGUACACUAAAAUUCACUUUAUAUUUUGUUGAUAAGUUAUUUAAAGAUGUUAUUUACAAUGUGCAAAAAUAUAUUUAUACAAC